AUGGAGGCAGACGGCCACGCUUCGCAGCCGGCGCCCGCCAUCGCAGCAGCAGCGGUGAGCGAGCGUGACAGCCACGGAACCGGCACCGGUGCCGCCACCACCACCAACGCUGCUACCACCAAUGCAGCCACCUCGGUCGCUGGUGACGCGGACAACUCCUCCCACGACAGCAGCUCCAAUCAGCCCUCGCCUGCCAUGCCUCCCAUCCAGCGCACCAAGAGCGGUCGUGGCAGCGUCCCCUUUGCUUCGCUCGACCCGGAAGGCACCGCCGAACUCACCCGUCGCCUCACCGAGCACUCGCUCCGCGCACGCACCCGCACCACCGACGGCGGAGAGGCCGCACUCGGCUUCGACCCCUUUGACAAGAACGGCAACUUUGAGCUCGAGCGCUUUCUCCGCCAUGUCAUGGACCAGGCACAGGGUGCCAACCUCGAGAGCCGCCAGAUGGGCCUGGUCUGGCAGAACCUCACCGUCACCGGCCUCGGCACCGGCUACGCUAUUGGUGAUACCAUUGGCUCCCUCCCGCUCAAGCCCUUCGAAGCUAUCAAGAACUUCAAGUCCAUCCUCCACCCGCCCGUCAAGACCAUCAUCGACAACUUUGAGGGCUGCGUCAAGCCCGGAGAGAUGCUCCUUGUCCUCGGUCGCCCCGGUGCAGGAUGCACCUCCUUCCUCAAGAGCAUCGCUUCCUACAGAGACGGUUUCAGGUCCAUCGACGGCACCCUUCUCUACCAGGGCAUGGAUCACACCGUAAUCGACAAACGCCUCCGUGGUGAUGUAGUUUACUGUCCCGAAGACGACGUGCACUUCCCCACGCUCACCGUCUGGCAGACGCUCGCCUUCGCCGUCGCCACCCGCGCGCCCCAGGCACGUCGCCGACUCGACCUUCUCGAAAGCCAAGACACCAACACGCGCCAGGGCUACGUCAAGACCGUCGUCGAGGUGCUCGCCACCAUCCUCGGCCUCAGGCACACCUACAACACCAAGGUCGGAAACGAUUUCAUCCGCGGCGUCUCGGGCGGCGAGCGCAAGAGGGUCAGCGUUGCAGAGACCUUUGCGGCGCGCGCAAAGAUCGCGCUCUUCGACAAUUCCUCGCGUGGUCUCGACUCGAGCACCGCGCUCGAGUUCGUCAAGUCGCUUCGUAUCUCCACCGACAUCUCCAACACCACCACCAUCGCCUCCAUCUACCAGGCGGGCGAGGGCCUCACCCAGCUCUUCGACAAGGUGCUCGUCAUCAACGAGGGCAAGCAGGUCUACUUUGGCCCCACCGCCGACGCCGCCGACUACUUUACCGAGAUGGGUUACGUGCCUCACGACCGUCAGACCACCGCCGACUAUCUGGUCGCCUGUACCGACGUGCUCGGCCGCAAGACGCGCGAAGACUUCGAGGAUCGUGCACCUCGCACGGCCGACGAGAUGGCGCGCUACUGGCAGAACUCGCCCCAGGGCAAGAAGAACCACGAAGAGGUCGAGGCGUACCUCAAAGAGCUCCGCGAGAGUGUCGACGACGAGGCCAUCAAGCACUACAAGCAGGUGGCGCGCGAGGAAAAGGCAAAGCACUCGCGCAAGGGCAGCGCCUACAUCAUCUCGCUCCCCAUGCAGAUCCGACUGGCCAUCAAGAGGCGAGCACAGAUCAUCUGGGGCGACCUCGCCACCCAGCUCGUCAUCACGCUCGCCAGCAUCUUCCAGGCACUCAUCACCGGCUCGGUCUUCUACCAGAUGCCCAAGAACACCUCGGGCUUCUUCUCGCGCGGCGGCGUGCUCUUCUUUGCGCUCCUCUACAACUCGUUCACCGCGCUCUCCGAGAUCACCGCCGGCUAUGCGCAGCGCCCCAUCGUGAUUCGCCAGCGAAGGUUCGCCAUGGUGCAUCCUUUCUCGGACGCCAUCGCCAACACGCUGCUCGACAUCCCCAUCCGCACGUUUACGCUCAUCUUCUUCGACAUCCUCAUCUACUUCAUGACCGGCCUCGCCUACACCGCCGACCAGUUCUUCGUCUUCUUUGGCGUCACCGCGCUCAUCAGCUUCACCAUGGUCGCCUUCUUCCGCUGCCUCGCUGCUGCCACCAAGUCCGAGUCGCUCGCUACCAUGAUUGGUGGUCUGGCCGUCAUCGACCUCGCGCUCUACGCCGGCUACGUCAUCCCGCGUCCGUCGAUGGUCGUGUGGUGGAAGUGGCUCAGCUACUGCAACCCCGUGGCGUUUGCGUUCGAGAUCCUGCUCACCAACGAGUUCCGCCGCCUCAACGUGCCAUGUGGCAACUACGUCCCCUACGGUCCAGCAUACGCCAACGUUCCCUCCGCCAACAAGGUAUGCCCCGUCGCUUCGGCGCGCCCGGGACAGGAGACGAUCAACGGCUCCGAGUACCUGGCUGCGUCGUUCCAGUACUACUACUCGAACUCGGGCCGCAACGCCGGCAUUGUGAUUGCCUUCUGGAUCUUCUUCUUGAUGAUCUACUUUGUCGCGUCCGAGUUCCAGAGCGACCCGACCGCCUCGGGCGGCGUGAUGGUGUUCAAGCGCGGCUCAGCACCCAAGCAGGUCGUGCAGGCUGCCAAGGCGUCGGGCGAUGUCGAGGCGGGAGACGUGGCUGGCGUCUCGCCCGACCCCGUCGCCGACGACGCAAACGCAGACCACCAAGACUCGAACGACGCAGUGGCCAAGCUCGAGUCGUCCACCUCGGUGUUCGCAUGGAAGAACGUCAACUACGACGUCAUGAUCAAGGGCAAUCCGCGUCGUCUGCUCAACAAUGUCUCGGGCUUCGUCGCGCCGGGCAAGAUGACGGCGCUCAUGGGCGAGUCGGGUGCGGGCAAGACGACGCUGCUCAACGUGCUGGCACAGCGCACCGACACGGGCGUGGUCAAGGGCGUCUUCAGCGUCAACGGCGCACCGCUGCCCAAGUCGUUCCAGUCGUCCACCGGAUACUGCCAGCAGCAGGACGUGCAUCUGGCGACGCAGACGGUGCGCGAGGCGCUGCAGUUCUCGGCGCUGCUGCGACAGCCGCGCGAGACGCCGCGCGAGGAGAAGCUCGCCUACGUGGAAAACGUGAUCAAGAUGCUCGAGAUGGAGUCGUGGGCCGAGGCGCUCAAGCUCGCCUACGUGGAAAACGUGAUCAAGAUGCUCGAGAUGGAGUCGUGGGCCGAGGCGCUCGUCGGCGAAGUCGGCAUGGGCCUCAACGUCGAGCAGCGCAAACGCCUCACCAUCGGCGUCGAACUGGCUGCCAAGCCCAAGCUGCUGCUCUUCCUGGACGAGCCCACGUCGGGUCUGGAUGCCAUGGCCGCAUGGAGCAUCGUGCGCUUCCUGCGCAAGCUCGCCGACGCCGGCCAGGCGAUCCUGUGCACGAUCCACCAGCCUUCGGGCGAGCUGUUCAACCAAUUCGACCGUCUGCUCCUCCUCCAGAAGGGUGGCAAGACGACCUACUUUGGCGACAUUGGCCACAACUCUCAGAAGCUCAUCGACUACUUUGGCAAGCGCUCGGGCAAGACGUGCGGCGAGGACGACAAUCCUGCCGAGUACAUCCUCGACGUCAUCGGUGCAGGCGCAACCGCAUCGACCGACAAGGACUGGCACCAGCUCUUCCUCGAUUCGGAACUGUAUUCGGACAUGGUGCAGAGUCUGGAGCAGAUCGACGCUUCGGGUGCCGAUCACACCGUCACCGCCGAGGAGGAGAUGAUGGGCCGACGCGAGUACGCCGAGCCGCUGUCGGUGCAGGUCGGCCUGGUUCUCAAGCGCGCCUUUACGCACUACUGGCGCGACACGACGUACAUUACCUCGAAGCUCGCUCUCAACAUCAUCGCUGGUCUCUUCAUUGGCUCGUCAUUCUACGGCCAGGGGUCCAAGGAGACGAGUGCGUCGCUGCAGAACAAGAUCUUUGCCGUCUUUAUGGCGCUUGUGCUUUCGACGUCGCUCUCGCAGCAGCUGCAGCCGGUGUUCAUCCAGUUCCGUGCGCUGUACGAGGUGCGCGAGCGGCCGUCGAAGAUGUACAGCUGGUGGGUGGCGGUAUGGUCGGCGCUGCUGGUCGAGAUGCCGUGGAACCUGCUGGGCGGUACGCUGUUCUGGAUCUGCUGGUACUUCUUCUUGGACUUCCCCACCGAGUCCAAGACGGCCGCGACGGUGUGGGGAUUCUACAUGCUCUUCCAGAUCUACUUCCAGACGUUUGCGGCGGCGAUCGCGGCCAUGUCGCCCAACCCGAUGAUCGCCUCGAUCCUCUUUUCGACCUUCUUCUCGUUUGUCAUUGUCUUCUGCGGCGUGGUGCAGCCUCCUCCGCAGCUGCCGUACUUCUGGCGAAGCUGGCUCUUCUACCUGAGCCCGUUUACGUGGCUCGUGGAGGGCAUGCUUGGAUCGGUGCUCACGGGCCGCCCCGUUCGAUGUGCGCCCAACGAGCUCAACGCCAUCACGCCACCGUCGGGCCAGACGUGCGCACAGUACCUCGCCAACUUUGUCACCACGCUCGACGGACCCAACCUCGGCACGGGCUACUACCAGGACGGCCCCAACGGCACGUGCGAGUACUGCCAGUUCCGCGUGGGCGACGACUACCUGCGCACCAUUGACAUGAACGCCGCCAACCGCUUCCGCGACCUCGGCUUCAUCUGCGCGUACAUCCUGUUCAACAUUGCGCUCUGCUUUGCCCUCUUCUACUUUUUCCGCAUCUUCAAGCUCUCGGACUGGAAGAAGGCUGACAACAGCAAGGUCGUGCCCAAGGCCGACGAGGGCACGCAGAAGGCCGACGAGAAAGUCACCGAGACCUCGGCGGCUGCCAAGGGCGCGGGCGACGACGCUGCCGCCCAGCCUCUGCCGGCCACCAACCUUCUCCCCGCCGCUGGCGUGCAGGGCCCGCAGACCAAGGUCUAG